AUGUUGCUUGGCUGUGUCCUGUGGCCAGUGCUAGCUGAUGGGAACCAACAUCACCAACAUGUCGAGGAGGUCAAAGCUGCCAUGCUCAGGAAACUGGGACUGACCGAGGCUCCACGCCUCAUGAAGAGAGACCUGGAGAACACUGUGGUGCCGGCCCAUGUCAGGAACAAAUACAUCUCCAUGCUGAAACUGUACAAGGACAAGGAGAGGAAGCGCAGAGCCCUGCCCAGUUUGGCUGGCAUCUUACGGGGGGUGCCAGGAAAUUCCGAUACAAGAGGAGACAUACUCUAUUCAGACCCUGCCAGGCAGACCCUGGUCUUUGAUAUGAAGGGGCUGAUCCCUGAGAACAGCGAGGUGACCAUGGCAGAGCUCAAGCUCUUCAAGAAAGGCGUUCACAAGGAAGAUCUGCCCCCCAGGAGGCACAGUCGGCCGGUCAACAACGCCAGGGUCAGCGUGCACUGGGUCAGGAUUCUGUCGGAUGGCAGCAACAGGACCUCACUCGUAGACUCCAGGCUGGUCCCCAUUCUCGACUCUGGCUGGAAAAUGUUCGACGUCACCCAGGCCGUACACUACUGGCAGAACACUGGGGAGAAGGUGAUGUACCUAGAGGUCUGGAUAGAAGCCGAGCGACCAGGAAGGCAUGCGGCUGAGCUGGCCAGGUUCGUCUCCUUCACCUCCCAGGGGCCAGCCGACCAGGACCUGCGAAAGCCUGAGCUUGUCCUCUACACCCUCAACUUCAGCGAGUAUGGAGCUGCUGGGGACUGUGGUGGAGGCCGGGCCCGAAGGAGUGGAUCCUGCUGUAGGCAGGAAUACUUCAUCAACUUCAGGGAGCUGACCUGGACCCAGUACUGGAUCAUCGAGCCCCCUGGUUACCAGGCCUUCCACUGUGUGGGGGGCUGCAAGCAGCCACAGUGGCCCUUCGACUACGGAGAGAGGAGCUGUGCAGUGGAGGAGAGUGCCUCGCUGCCUGUGAUGUACCUGGUGAAGAAAGGAGACUACACAGAGAUCGAAGUGGCUGAGUUCCCCAACAUGAUCGUUGAGAAAUGCAGCUGCUCUAUGGAUAAUAUCUCAAUGAUAUAACAGGGACC